CAAGAAGCACCCCACGACGUAGUGCAUUUUACUAUUAUCUUGCAGCGCGAUUGAUUGUUGAAAGUAGAAAUGAACAAAGAGAAACAAGGUGAGUGAUUUUUUUAACACUAUAUUUUAAUAAAUAAACAACAAGUUAUCUUUUAAAUUUACUAUUACAUUUGCAGAGAAAUCUCAAGGAGAGCUUUACUCAGAAAGAAUUUGGCAAAUAUUAACUUGCAAAACCUUAGCGACACAGAAUUUAAAAAUAGAUUUCGUCUAAGUAAGGAAGCAUUUUUGUUCUUAUGUCGCGAAUUGAAAGAAAAAUCCAGUCUAAAAUCAAGUAAAAGGAUCAGCCUGGAACACAAAGUGCUGUGUGCUUUGUCAUUUUAUGCUACAGGCUCCUACCAAAGAAUUGUAGGAAUGGCUAAAUAUUUAGGCCAAACUACAGUAAGCAAAUAUGUGAGGGAGGUUACUGAUGCUCUUGUUAACCCUUUAAUAUUAAAUAAGUUUGUUAAAUUUCCAACAACACGAGAGCAGCGAAAUAUAGUAAAAAGCAAAUUUUAUACAAAAUUUGGCAUCCCUGGAGUAAUAGGGUGCAUUGAUGGUUCUCAUUUUCACAUAUUCACUCCAAAAAGAGACAUGGAGCAUUUAUUUUACUGCAGAAAGCAUUUCUACUCACUGAAUGUGCAAAUGAUAUGUGACAGUGAAUGCAGAAUUUUAAAUAUUAAUGCCAAGUAUGGAGGUGCCACCCAUGACGCUUUUAUUUGGGAAAACAGUCAAGCCAAUAGGUACAUCCAAGACUUACACCGGAAUAAUGAACAAGUGUGGUUUUUAGGGGAUUCUGGAUAUCCACAGAGGCCUUGGUUGAUGACACCAAUCACAGAUGCUGCUGAAGGCACUCCACAGGCAAAAUAUACUACCAUCCAUGGGAAGGCCAGAGUUGUGAUCGAAAAUACUUUUGGAAGACUCAAAAAUAGGUGGAGAUGCCUUAGUAAGGACCGCACAUUACAUUACACCCCUGAGAGGUGUGCUUCGAUCAUAAUGGCAUGUAGCGUUCUACACAACCUAGCAUUAGAUUUUAUGUUGCCUGAUCCUGAAGACGAUAUAAUAUAUUCUUCUGGAUUAGGCGUUUCAACAUUUUCUUCUCUAGAAGAACCUUUUCGCGAAAGUGGUUCUUCAGAUGAAUUGAUUCGCGGUAGAGCCAUAAGAAACAUGUUAGUAGAUAAGAUUAAUCAGCUUCAUAAUGUAAAUAAUUGAUUUC